CUAAAAGCGUCUUCUUACUGUCUGGCACAUCAGCUCUGAAACACCGGCGGCAGGAGAGAAACAGGAAAUCAGAAUUAAACAGCCGUUAAAGAGUUUAACGUUUCCUGUAAAACAUUUAGUUUGCCGGUAUAUUGAUUCUCUGCUGUUAACAAUGCUUCAGUGUCUAUCGGGAAGUUCGUGUGCGCGUGUAAUUGACGGUUAUAAGUCUACGUGGUAUUUCUUGGUUUUGAUACUGUCCUAUGCUUUAUAUUUAAUAUUCGGUGCUUUGGUGUUUUCCGCGGUCGAGUUACCGUAUGAGGAGAAGCUCCGACAGCAGCUUCGCGCCGACAAACAGCAGUUUCUCCAGGAUCAUGAAUGCGUGUCCGACGAUAGACUUGAGGAGUUUUUAAUGAAAGCACUGGAGGCGAGUAAUUACGGUGUGUCGGUUUUACAAAAUGCCACUAUUAACUGGAACUGGGACUUUACAUCGGCGCUAUUCUUCGCCAGCACGGUACUUUCUACCACAGGAUAUGGCCACACCGUGCCUCUGUCAGAUGGGGGUAAGGCCUUCUGUAUCAUAUACUCAAUAGUGGGAAUCCCAUUCACACUUUUGUUACUGACUGCAGUGGUGCAGAGGAUCAUGGAGUUCACUACCCGUAGGCCUGUGGAGUAUCUGCACCGGCGCUGGGGCAUGUCCAAAACUUUAAUGGCAGCCCUGCAUGCUGGCCUGUUGGCGAUUAUUGUUCUGUCCUGCUUCUUUCUUAUACCUGCAAUCAUCUUCUCAGUUCUGGAAAAGGACUGGAAUUUCCUGGAGUCGUUCUAUUUCUGCUUCAUCUCUCUAAGUACCAUUGGUUUGGGCGACUAUGUACCAGGAGAGGGCUACCACCAGAGAUUCAGAGAGCUGUACAAAUUGGGCAUUACUUUGUACCUUAUAUUGGGCUUGAUCGCUAUGUUGGUGGUUCUGGAAACCUUUUGUGAGCUGCAAGAGAUGAAGAAGCUCAGGAAGAUGUUUUACCUGAAGAAGCAAAAGACUGAGGAUCAGCUUAACAUUGUGGAUCACGAUCACCUCUCGUUCGCCUCUGUGUCUGACCAGGCAGCCUCGUUUAAAGAAGACAGGACUGAUUUAUUUCCCGAUGAUAUAAUUGGUGCUUCACCCACUCCAACUUCGAAUGGACCGACGGAACGAUGAUAUCAAUAAGUCCUGUGUCUUGAGCCCCUUCAAGGCAUAACGUGCUAAUAAUAUUUCUCCGUUACGGGCAUGAAUAUAUUGUAAUUAUAACUCUGCUAUGGAAUUAGAAAGAAAGUGCUGUAGAUAUAUACUUGAAAUUUAGGUUGAAGUUACUUUAUCCUUAAAAAAAGUACCAAAGUUUUUGUAUAUAUUAAAAUAUAACUAUACUAGUUGUCCAAACAGCUACUGAUCAGAAACAACGUCACAUUGUAGAUAAAUCUCUGACAUAUGAUAAUACAUUGUUAUUGGUUAAAUAGACUUCCUUUACAUAAUCUGUUUACUGUAAUCGUUAGGUUACUUAAAAAGGAAAAAUAGCUGGUAUUGUAGUUUAGCCGUUGAAUUUUAAUGCAAAUCACAUCAAAAGGUUUAAUCAUAUUAGAAAUAAUAUCAUUGCCAAAUUGUUUUUACAUUUUUUAUAUAAAGUGGCAGGUCCCUCAUGACCAUACUGUAUGUUAAAGUCUGUGUUUCUUCAUAUAACCACCCAAGUACCACAUUAAUGAAAUUUAGGAUAUGUGUAAGUUAUUGUCUCAAAGGGAUUUAGAAAAUCAAAAAUCAAUUGUCUCUUAAAGGGAUUUUUCUUUGCCUUAACAAGCCAUUUUGGCUCUUUGGAAACAGUAUCGUUUGUUGCAGUAAGUGUUGUCUUCCACUUUGUGGGAGAUGAAAAGAAGGAUGUUCGGUAUAUCAUUGACUGGGUAUGUUACUGAAAGAAGUAAGUUAUGUUAUUUUAUCAUUGUUUUAAGCUUCGAUGCACUUUAACAACUUAAAAUAAACUAAAGGUUGUUUGUUGA